AUGGCCAAGAGACUACUGCCCAACGACGUGGACGUCAACGAGGAGCUCGCCAAGAGGCAGCACGCAGAGAGUGCAGAGCAGAGCAACAUUGAUGCAGAACUGCUCAAGGAAAAGCAAGAUCCAGGUUCUUCAGAGGAGAACGACAACACGGCAGCUGCGGCUGCGGCCGCAGCUGCAGUGUACGGCGGGCUGAUGGGUGCGCACGAAGAGGCAGAUGUGGACGAAUCACAGCUGCAUGCACACGCGCACGCUCACGAGCACGAGCACACGCACGGGGCCAAACCCGAGGACGACGUGGAUGUGGACGUGGAUAUGGGCAAGGACGACGAGCCCAAGCGCGUCGGACGGCGCGGGCGUAAGCCCGCGCCCGUUACUGGGUCCGCAGAAUGGCGCCAGCAGCGCAAGGACUCGCAUAAAGAGGUAGAGCGUCGGCGUCGUGAGAACAUCAACACGGCCAUUAACAAGCUGAGCGACCUGCUGCCGGUCAAGGAGUCCAGCAAGGCAACCGUGCUCGCGCGCGCGGCCGAGUACAUCCAGAAACUCAAGGACACCGAGAAUGCCAACAUCGAGAAAUGGACGCUACAGAAGCUCUUAAGCGAGCAACAGGUGAGCACGCUCACCAAGGCCAACGAGAGCCUUCAGCUCGAGCUUGGCAACGCGUUCAAGCAGAUUGACAUUCUAAAGCGCCAAUUGAAAGCUGCGGGCAUCCCGCUCGACCCGGAGAUCGAGAAACUCGAGGCCGAAACCGGCGACGACAAAUAG